AUGAAGAUGUCAAAGCUGUCCAAUCAGACGAACUCGCAGGAUCCACAGGCGGUGAAUUCGCGAAUCUUUGUGGGCAAUUUGAAUACGUUCCAGUGUUCAAAGACAGACGUAGAACGAAUGUUUCAGAUCUAUGGUCGGUUGGCGGGUAUAUCAAUGCAUAAGGGCUAUGCAUUCGUGCAGUUUACGAAUCCGUUUGAUGCACGCAAUGCUUGUCAUGGCGAAGAUGGACGUACGGUGCUGAGCCAAACUUUGGAUGUUAAUAUGGUUGCUGAGCCCAAGCCACACCAGAUCGGAAGAAAGCGACAGAAUGUCUCCAAAACAGGAAAUGAUUGGGACUACUUCUAUGACAGUUACUGCUCAUCGACGCUGCUUCGCUCAUCCGGCGUCCGUCCGAAGAAGCGCAAACGUCUAAUGACAUCCACGUCGCGUUUACUCAGCGAUGCUGUGAAUAGCAGCAACAUAAAUGCUGCCGUUGCUGCUGCAGCACUUGCCCAACAACAACAACAAUUGCAUCAGCAUCAGCAACAGCAACAACAGCAGCAGCAGCAGCAGCAACAGCAAACUUCUCACUUGUUGCCGCAUCCGCAUCAUUCGCAUCAUUCACAACAACAACAAGUGCAACAGCAACAGGCACAACACCAUCAACAGCAACAGCAACAGCACCAACAGCAGGUGGCUGCUGUCGCUAUGGCCGCCAUGACGGCCAAUUUAUUGCCACAGCAACAGUUGCUGCUACACCAACAUCAACAUCAGCACAGUUUGUUGGGAAAUGCUAAUAGUGCGGCAGCAGCAGCCGCCGCAGCAGCUGCAGCUGCGGCCACAUGCAAUGGUGCUGCUGGUGGGGGUAACGGCGCCGCUACAACUACAGCUCAUCACAAUCUCGGCGUAUUUUUGCAACAACAGCAAAUUAAACAGCAGCAACAAGCGGCGGCGGCGGCAGCAGCGGCGGCGGUCGGCCAAUACACAUUGACGCCGUCUGGUGGUUUACAAUUGAAAUCAUCGUCCGUGCAAAGUGCCGCUACAGCAAUAAUUGCUGCCGCUAAUCAAACAUCGUUGCUGAAUGGUGGCACCACAGCAAGCGUUGGGGGUAACGAGCAAAUGUCAACAACAGCCACGAAUUACGGUAGCAUGGCAAAUGGUCAGACAGCGCAGCAACAGCAACAGCAACAACAAUCACAGUAUGUGGGGGGUGGUGCCUUGCAACCGUUAACAUUAUCGCUACCCAACAUCCAUCAGUCACAACAACAGCAGCAACAACAAAAGCAGCAGCAACCGAAGUCAUCAGUGCUGCAAAAGCAAACACCGCAACAACAACAGCAAAGCCAUCAGCAACAAGAGCAAUUAACUGCGAAUCAACAAUGGGGACCGUUCAAAGUUUACAGCAAUCCGGACACAUUAAUUUGCGGCAAUUGUCGGGAAUGUUUCAACGAACUGGAUGAAUUAUUAGACCACAAACGGAGUUAUUGCAAGUUGCGCUUCACUUGCAAGUGCCAGGAUGUUGCGUUUACUGCAAAAACACCGCCAAUGAGCGCCAAACUUUUAUGUGCGGUUUGCAAGGACGCCUUUGCCAAUCCCUGGGAUUUGAUGGUGCACGCCCAGGCCGCCCACAUGGUCAACAUUUACGAAUUGGGCAAUGAGGCUAAUAACAAUUAUACCAGCAGUACCGAUUGUGCUGAUGCCGGUGUCAGUACAAAUACCAGCAACAACAAUAACAAUAUCGGCGCUACCUUAGCAGCGGUACCAAACACUGCCACAAAUAUUAGCAACAACUACAACAACAGCACCAAUACAACUGACACCGGUGAUUUGGCCAACAGUGCACAGUUGUCGUCACCGUCGCUGUUUAAGAUAGAGUUAAAUAAUAACAACAACAACAAUAGUAACAAGAACAUUGCCAAAAACAAUAACAACAGCAUCAAAAAUGCCGACAUAAGUAGCGGCCAUGAAAUACAAUUGUCGCCAACAGCCGAAACAUUGCCACCGCAGCCAGCACCAACAUCGGUGCUUGGCAAAUUAGAGAGCAAUAACAAAAACAACAACAACCACAUCGAUGCAGAAACAACCAUUUUGUCGACUGCUGGCAACAAUGGUUUCAUAGCCAGCAAUGGACAUGGACAUGUUAGCGAUGCUGAUCAUUGCAUGGAUAGCAAAUUUGGCAUUUGUAAUAGUCCGAAUGGCUCAAUUGCUCAAAAAUAUGCAACUCAGUGCGAUAAUGCCCGUUUGGAUGGCCACAUUUCGAUUUUGUCGCACACUCAUGAUGGAGACGAUGUGAAAAUGUUGGACGGUUCAUUGUCAUCGCGUGGCAGUUCACCAGCUCUGGAGCAUGAUGAGCAAGAAGAGCAACAACAACAACGGCAGCAGCAAAACGCGCAACCCGCCUGCAUUGUGCGCACACUGAGCAUUGAAGCAGCUACCACCUCGAGCACAACAACCAGCUUGAUGACCAACACUUUGGCAUUAAGCCUUACAAAUGGCGUUGCCAAUGCAGCAGCUGCGUUGGCGCCACAAUAGAGCGGCAAAAACCAUCAGUAUUCUUGAACAAAAAUCCACACAAACAAUAAAUAAAAAAAAAAACAAAAAAACCAAAAAAGAAACAAAACAACAUCACGUGACUUAUGAAAUACAAAUACAAACAAAAGUCAAAUUAAAACGAAUGAUG